ACAACAAUGUUUUCCAUCAUCAUCAUCUAAAUCUAUGACAAAUCAACAGACAAUAUUUCGAAAUUAUCAUUAUUAUCAUCUGGAUAAUAAUAUUUCAAUUAUGAAUGGCAAAUCUCAUACAUCAUCAUCAUCAUCAAUGGUAGUCAAUCAAACAAUGAAGAAUUGUAAUAAUAAUAAAUCAUUUAUACAUGAUAACUUUCAACGAUUACGUCGAAGACGAUAUACAAGUUUUGUUAGUACCUCUUCAUCAUCAUUGUUCAAUACGAUUGACCAUCAUAGAUCAUCAUCAUCCACCGAAAUGAUGGAUAAUAAUAGUCAUCAUCAUCAUCAUAAUAAAUGGUCAUUAAUAGAACCGGAACUGGUUGGUAUAGCCAUAUAUAAUUUCCAACCUAAGCAUUCAUCAUCAUCAUCAUCAUCAUCGAAAGAUGGAAAAAAUCGAUAUCUACCAUUAUUAUUAGGUGAUAUCGUUAUUAUUGUUGAAUAUUAUGGCCAUCAAUGGUAUCGUGGUUUUCGUCCAUAUGAUGAUGUUACUACUAGCAAACAACAUCAUCAUCAGCAGCAAUUGGGUAUAUUUCCGGCCAGUUAUGUUCAUGUAUUCGAUGAUUAUCGUCAAUAUCGUAUCCAAUCCGGUCAUCAUCAUAAUAAUAUUAAUCCAAUGACAUUCUAUUAUUAUACAUUAUUAGAUCCAUUAUAUCUACAGGUGAUACGUACAUUACGUGAAUGGUAUCAUAUACUCAUUAGAACUUAUUAUCGUCAAAAUGUGAAUAUGGAAAAAUUUUUAAUCGUACGAAAUCUUAUCUAUGAAUUAUUCGAAUUAAUAUCGACAACAUUAGGUCGUGAUCUAGCACCAACAUUAUGGCGUCGUCGUCGUAAUCAAAUGUUGAAAAUAAAUUCCGAUCCAAAAGACCCAUUCGCAAGACUUUAUCUUGAUGAAGAUCACGAUGAUAAUGAUAAUGAUGAUAUUGAUGGCGGUGAUAAUCACAAUGAUCAUGGCCAUGGUUGUAAUGAUGAUAUUACCAGCGAUGAUGGUCAUCAACAUACAAUAUCAUCAAAUAAUUCAAUUGAGUCGAUAAAAAAUAUUACCACCUCUACAACAAUGACAAUGUUGGAUUCAAAUCUUGAAGAUUUAUAUGAACGUAUUUUAAGUAAAUUAAAUCAAGGAAAUCAGCAUCUUGCUAUGGAUAUAAUGCCCAGUUUUACACAUGGUACAACUAUCCUUCAGCAACAAACAUCAAAACUAAAUCAAUUUCAAAUUGAUAUCAAUUUUCUAACAUUCCAUGCCGAUGAUCGUCAAUCACUUGUUUCAAAUGAACGAAUCAAACAACGUACAAAAUUUUUCCCUUAUUAUCCAACUAGAAAAGAUCAAUGCAAAUAUCUACCGCGAAUACUUGAUUAUUAUAAUCAAAUUAAUCGUUGUUUUAAUCAGAAAUUUCGUUCCAAUAUAACGACAUCAAUUAAUCAACAACGGCAUUCAUUUUCAUCAUUUGUAACACCGACAGCAACAACAACACCAAAGAAUACGCCGACGACGACAACAAAUGCAAAUUCAAAUAAUUUGAUUAGGAAAUUUCGUCGUCAUCUAUUGUUCACGAUACGUGAUGCUAAUUUUGCCAUUUCCAAUACAGCGACUGGUAAUGGCUCAACAUCCAAUGGAAAUGGUCAUCAUACCAUAGAUUCGGAUCAAAUACAGAUUGAAAUAUAUCUAGUACGAUAUAAUAACCAUAAUCAAAUGAAUCAUUCGGAUUCAACAACAGCAUCAUCAACAUUAACAACGUCGUCGACCACAAUGAUGAUGAAUUCUUCGUCGACAAAUACUGCCAAUUAUGAAGUAUUGACCGAAAAAUUCUGUUAUCGUUUACCAUCUUCCUCAUCAUCAAGUCGAAAUUCUGUUAAUCAUAUGAAUCGAGCAUUAUUUCUUGAUGUUCUUUCCAAACGAACACCACAAAAUCUUAGUUCUACACAUGGCCAUCAUCAUCAUUCAUUUCAUCAUCAAAAUUCAUCACAACAUUCAGAUGCAUCAAAUUAUUAUCUAAUCAUACAAGUUUGGCGUUUUAGCCGCACAUUAACCAAUGAUAAUGGCCGUAAUAGUGUGAGUAAAUCCGUUUUAUCGACUUCGUUAUCAACAACUGGUCAAUCGGUUUUCCAUACAAUAUCCACGGCCAGUUCGAUUGGAUCAUCAGCUGCUGCAGCAGCAUCAAAUUCACUUUCAUCACUUACAUCGUUUGUAUCGAAUUCAUUUUCUAGUAAUUCGAACAAUAACAAUAAUAAUAGUGGUAAUGGUGAUUGCAAAACAACAACACCCGAUUCAUCAUCCAUUGAUUCAUCAUCAUCGCAACAACAGACAGCAAUGACACAUUCAUUUAAACGUUCGGUUGGUUUUGCUGUGAUACCAUUAUUAGAAUUGGUUAGCCGUGAUAAAGAAAUACGGCCAUCACCGGAAUUAUUUCAGAAUGAAUCAUUAUUAUUUAGGAUACUAUUUUCCGAUGAAUCAAUGCUGUUACCAUUAACAGUACGAUUGUAUGAAGGUGAUCUUACUGUAUCGAUACUUGAAUCAUUAUUAAAACAUAAUCGUCAAAAUGUACAUGCCCUUUCGAUUGGCCAUUCAUCAUCAUCAUCAUCGUCGUCGUCAUCAUUAUCAUUAACUUCUUCUUCAUCAAUAUCAUCACAACAGAAUUCAUCGAUCUCAAAAUUGUCAAUGCUGGCAACAAAUUCCUAUCAAUUGAUUGUUAGUGCAAAAUUUAUCAGUGAAUUAAUGAUCAAUAAUACAAAUAAUGUACAGUUGAAAAAUAAUUCAAAUAUUCAACAUUAUCCGACAUUAUCAUUGGCCGAUUAUCUGCUAUUGACGCAUAAUCAAAAAUCGAAUCUUUCCGGCCGUUCAUCGGUAGUGACAGAAGUCACCACGCCGUAUAAUUUUGUUCUGAUACAGAAACGUUGUUUUGGUGAUCUAAUUACAGCCGGUCAUUUUCGUAAUGAUUUCUAUCUAACAUUAGAAUCGGCUGAAUUCGAGAAAGGAGGUAAAACAAUAGCCAAAAAUAUUGAAGUAUCCGUUUGUCUUAUCACUGAAAAUGGUAUGCAAGAACGUGCAAUUAGUUCGGGUAUCAAUGCCGAUCCGGUUACUAUUUAUCGUUCGCAUAUACAAUAUCAUCAAAAUUCACCAAAAUGGUUUGAACAUUUAAAGGUGAAUGUACCAUUGGAACAAUUUGAAAUGGCACAUUUACGUUUUACAUUUUGCCAUUGUUCAUCGAGAGAACGUGAACGUAAAUUUCUUGGAUUCGCAUUUUUACCAUUAGCCGAUCAAAAUGGUGCAUGUCUUUCGGAUGGUGAACAUGAAUUAUAUAUCUAUAAAUGUGAUAAUGAACGUAAAAUUGAUGAUAGCCAUUUCUAUCUGCAACAAAUUCCAUGGGGUCCAAAUCAUCUAAAAGAUCGUAAAGGAUCAAUGAAUUCACAAAGUUUAUUAUCAUUGAAUUCAACAACGACAACCACCACUACCACGUCAUUAUCAUCAUUAUCGACUCAAUCAUUAUUGAAUUCUCGUUCAUCAAAAGAAAUGUUUCAUGUAAAAACAGCAUUAAUUUCUUCUAAAUUGACACAAAAUUCCGAUAUUUUAUCAUUAUUAAAAUGGUCAUCAUUACCAUUGGAUCAGGUAUUUGAUUCAUUGCAACGAUUGAGUCGUGUUCCAGGUGAAGAAAUGGUAAAAUUUCUUGAAGAUAUUCUUGAUGCAUUAUUUGCUUUAUUUACGAUGACCACAACAACCACCAAUACGGCUACCAAUAUUGUCAAUUUAAAUAAUUCAUCUGGAUCAUCAUCAUCACGAAUAUUAUUAAUUUUUCGUGUAUUAAUCGAUUUUUUCAAAACACUUAAUGAUCCAAAAUUUGUAUCCUAUCGUUCAGCAUUGGAAAAAUAUAUUGAAAAACAAUUUUCAGCUCCAUUAGUAUAUACGGGUUUGAUUGCCUGUGUACGACGUUCUGUUGAAAUGGUCAUUGUUUCCAUACAACACACGAAUAAUGAACGAUCAUCUUCUAUCGAUUUAUCAUCAACAUCAUCAUCGACAAUCGUUACGAAACGUGAUUUAGAAUUCAUUUUACGUUGUUUAUCGGUUCUAGAUUGGAUAUUGAAAAUUAUUGUUCAAUCCAGAAUUCUUUAUACUCGUGCAUCCAUAACGGAUAAUUUAAUAAUCGAAAAUUCCGUACUACAAAGUGAUGAUCAAUUCAAAAUGGAAUUACUUUCACUUUUUGAAACAAUUCAACGAUUACUUAAUAGUAAAUGUAAGUCAUCAGAUGAUUAUUUAAUUGUUGCCAUACAGGAAGCAGCAUUAAAUUCUAUGCCAAAUGCAUUUGAUUUUUUAUCACAAAUUCUUCAACCAUUUGAAAUGGCAAAAUUAAUUCAAUCAUUAGUUCAAUUUAACAAUCAUUCCAUGACAACAACAUCAUCAUCAACAAAUAAUCGUUUAUCCGAAUGUUUUUCACCCUCCGGUUCAUUAUCAUCAUCAUCAUCAUCAUCGGUAACGCCAACAAAUUCAUCAACACCAACAGCGAUGAAAAAGAAAACAUCAACAAUUAUUAAUGCAAAAUUAUCAUUACUACAACAAUCGAUUAAAUAUCCAUACAUAUGGAUGAUUGACGAUGAAGCACGAUUAGAAUUAUUGGACACGUACAUACGAAUGUUGAAUAUUUGUAUCGGAGAAUCCAAAUAUUCUCUAAAUAUUCUUCGUGAUAUUGUUACAUUUUUAAUUGAUAAUUCUGAAAAAUUUGAUCCAUGUCUUGUACGUUGUGCUGGUGUCGUCGGAGGACAGCAACGUCAUACGAAUGAACGAGAAAUUGAAAUGUUAUCAUUCGGUGCUGUCGAAUCGAUUGUUGAACAUAUAAUCGAAUUGAUAGGUAUUGUACCAACAUCAUUUGAUCAUUUACUAAUUGAUCAUCAUCACAAUCAUCAUCAUCAUCGAUUUACAAGAAUAACUGGUCAUAAUCAAAUGGACAUAUCAUCUACAGAAAUGAAUGAUUAUCUUGGAUCAAUGAUAAUAUGUUUAAUGGUACUAUUCGAUUAUAUGUCAGCAAAACAUUUUGAAAAAUUAUUUGAAAAACGGACAACAAUUCAAUGUAAAGAAUUAUUAUUAAAUCUGUUCGCCGUCUUUCUUAAUGCAUUAUAUUAUUUUUCGGAUAAUUGGCUUGAAAUCAAAAUGGCCAUCAAUCGUAUUAUGUUACAUUCUCUUACAAUGUUACGUACAACUGUUAUGUGUAAAAAAUUUCUUGGCCAUGAACAUUUUGAUGAAACAAUAUGGCGAAUGUAUUUUAAAUUAGCCAUUGCAUUUCUAACCCAGCCACGAUUACAAUUAGAACAAUCAUCAUCAUCACCAUCGUCGUCGGCGCCAUUCGUAUCAUCGGUAUCGUUAUGGGCAAAAAAACGUUUCAUAUUGGAUGUAUAUGGUUGCGAUAUGCGUAUCGUAAUGGGAUUGGAAUUAGUUUCCUGUUGGGAACUAAUUGGACCGUUUAAAAUAACAUUCAUACCAAAUCUAGUUGGACCAUUUGUUGAUGUAACAUUGAUACCGGAAUCGGAACUUCGCUAUGCUACGAUACCGAUUUUCUACGAUAUGUUAAUGGUUGAUUAUAUGGCUAAUGCUAAUUUUAAACAGGUUGAAGCUGCUCUCCUGGAUAAAUUGGAUGUCGUCGCUCACCGAAUUGAAUGUGAUCAACAAUUCAAAGAGUUAUUCACUCAAAUUUUAACGGACAUGAUUGAUGUACAAAAACCAGUUUGGUCGGUGGAUGGAUUAAAACUAGUUCGAUCUGUAUCCAGAUUUUUAACAUUAUUAAUUGAUUAUAAUAAUGAAUUGAAACGUGAAUUUUCGUCACCUACAAACGUCACAAUGUCUUCAUCAUCGCCAUCAACAAAAUCAUCACAAAAAAACUGUAUAGAUCCCGAUAUCGGCUGUAAUGAUCGUCUUUUGAUCUGUACAUAUACAUUAUUACGUUUCUGUUUGGAUGAUAUUGAUUCAAUGAAUCGUAAGACAAUCAUGUCAAGAUAUUUGGAAAAAUUGGCCAAUAUACACACCUUACUUGGCAAUUAUGCUGAAGCCGGUUUCACUUUGAAAUUACAAGCUGAUCAAUUAACAUGGUCAACAGAAUCAUCACGUAAAGAAUCACUUUGUCAUACAAUGUUAAAUUAUUUUGAAAAAGGUCAUUGCUGGGAAGAAGGUAUUCGUGUUUGUAAAGAAUUACAACAGGUUUAUGAACGUAAUUUCAAAUAUCGAAAAUUAUCGGCCAUAUUGAAACGAAAUGCUGAAUUAUUGGACAAAAUACUCACCGAACAUCGACCUGAUAAUGAAUAUUUUCGUGUGUCAUUUUAUGGAUUAAAAUUUCCAUCAUUUCUACAGAAUUCUACAUUCAUAUUUCGUGGUCUAGAAUUUGAAAAAAUCUCAUCAUUUACCCAUCGCAUUCAACGAGAAUUUCCUGAUGCUCAAUUAUUGACAAAAGUUAUACCGACCGAUGAAAAUAUCACCGAAUCAAAAUGUCAAUAUAUACAGAUAUUUUCGGUGAAACCAAUACCUGAAUUACCCAUAUCGGCCGAUUUAUUUGGUCCGGUCGAUCAUCAAGUAUUAAAAUAUUACCAAACAAAUUCCGUACGACAAUUCAGUCAAGAUCGUCCAAUUCAACGUGGACCAUUCGAUCCGAAUAAUGAAUUUAAAUCAUUAUGGAUUGAACGAACUAUCUAUACGACAGAACAAUCAUUGCCAGGAAUGUUACGUAUGUUUAAAGUGACAAGCACAUUAGUCUCAUAUUUAUCGCCGAUCGAAAAUGCCUGUGAAACUAUCGAGAAUAAAAAUUCUGAACUAUCCAAAUUAAUUCACACUUAUGGCGGUGGGGGACAAGAAUCUGCUAAUCGACCCGAAUCAAUUGCACCAUUAUCGAUGCGUUUACAAGGCAUAUUGGAUGCAGCUGUUAAUGGUGGUGUUGCCAAAUAUAUUGAAGCGUUUCUUGGAUCAGAAUUUCUUUCAGCAAAUCCGGAUCAAGCAACAAAUGUAACCCGUCUAAAAGAUCGUAUUGCACAACAGAUUCAAUUAGUUGAAUCUGGUCUACAGCUUCAUGGUCGAUUAGCACCGACAGCAGUUCGGCCAUUACAUACUAGACUUUUGGAACGAUUCUCAACAAUGCGUACCACUGUACACCAGGCAAAUAUUGAAACAUCACAAGCAUUGUUAUGGUGUCCUAAUAAUGCAUCAAAUCACCACAGACCAUCAAUAUUAUCACAACCAUUACCACCUAUACCACAACGUACGAAUCAUUCGGAUAAUGUAAGCAUUGGUGAGAUAUCAUCGCAAUCAUCAUCAUCGGACACAUCAUCACUUUCAUCAAAUUCAUCAUUAACAACAGCAACGGCAAUCAUUGCCCAUCCAUCCACGUUGUCACAAUCAAAUCAUUCCCACCAUCCUAAUAAUAAUCAUCACCAACACCACAGCCAUCAACAUCAUCAUGAUCGUUUAUCAUUGCGUACACCACCACUAUCGCAACCACCGUCUCAACCACCUUAUAAUCAUCAAUCACCGGGAACAAAAUCUUUAAAGAAUAAACCAUUACCACCAUUGCCGCCGACUUCAUCAUCUAUCAUUAGUGAACAACAACAACAACAACAUCCAGUUGUUAUUAAACGUCACAAUUCUAAUGUUGAACAUCGACCACGAUUGAUUGUAAAACAGCCACCAAUCGAAGAUAGUAUUUAUUCCGUACCACAGUAUACUGAUCUUGAUCUUUGUAAUUUAUUGCCUGAUAAUGAAAGUUCAGUGGAUGAUAGUAUGGAUUAUUGUGAUGUUAAUGUUAAUGAUCAUCCGAAUCGCCAUACAGCAACCGGUGCAGCUUCUAUCGAUAUGAUCGAUGGUGUUCAGCCACAUCAAUUAUCCAAUCGAAUUAAUCGUUCAUUUUCGAUACCAUCGUCAGCAAUAGCUAUGUCAUUAUACAAUAAUAAUAACAAUGGUCAUAAAGGAAAUCUAAUUGAAUCAAUUGUCGAUGGUGAUAAUAAUGAUGAUAUAAAUGUCAUUACCACUUUAUCGCCACCACCAUUACCACCACGAUCUUCUGGUUCGACAUUAGAUCGUUCGAAUUCUUUGAAUUCCGGUAGAUAUCGUCCGAGUAGUAUUGGACCUCCAGCAACACCACCACCACCACCACCACCGCCUCCUGCUUUACCACAACGUCCGAUGAAAAAAUCAUCAUCAAUUUCGGCAGCUACCAAUAAUAAUACAAUAGUUUCUAAUGGUGGUGGACGUUCAUCUUGUUCAACACCACCAAUCAUACCAAUAGUAGCUAAACAACCUAUUGUAAAUCAAACUAUUGAUCCUGGACCACCAAUUGAACGACCACCACCUCCUCCACCAACAAUUCCACCUUCAACUACUAGUAAUGCUCAUUUUACUACAUUAGAUGGUCUGGAAUUUGAAAAUCUUUUACUUUCAUCACCAACACCAUUAUCACAGCAAACGACUACAUCAAGGCCUGCACCAAUUAUUGGCAUUGAAAUUAAUAAUAAUUCCAAUACAACUACCGCAGCUAUUAGUAAUAAUAAUGGCCUAUCAUCAUUGAUUUUGGAUGAAAUACCUGGUAAUCAUCGUCCUCCAUCGUUAGAAUUGAAUCGUACGAAAUCUAAUUCAUUACCACGAAGUUUACAACAACAAUUUACUGAUUCAAUGUUGAACAAUAACAAUCAAAAUACCGUGGUCGAUAAUAAUAAUAUUAUUAUGGAUCAAACAUCAUCGAUGAUGGUUCAUUCGAAUUCAAAUCUUCCUCCGCCACAGUCACAAUCAUCUCCAUUAACAACAUUAUCAACCACUGGAACUACAUCUAGUCUCUUAUUUCAUUGAAUUAAUUCAUU